UCCACAGUAUCUGCACUUUUCUCCUCCUUUUGAUCUUCAUUUUCACUGUUUCUGCUUCUAGUCAGUAGUCACUAGUGUUUGCUGUUGUGCAGCCCUUAGUGGAGCUGAAGGUUCAGAGAAGAAGAGCGAAGGGGUUGAAGUUUGGAAUCUCCUAUUGUAGUAUUGUUACAAUCAAGUUAUCCAAAUGAUGAAUCAUCUACUAAAUACUUUCUCUGUGCUCGAACUGGAUGUUGAAGAUGAUAAAGCGGAGACGAGUUCUGAUGCUGUCGCCAAAGAUGGAGGAAGUUCAACUAAAGCAGGUAAGGGUAAGAAAAGUGACAACUGCUCUGGAAAAGUGAACAUGGAGAAAAACAACAAAGAGGAUAAGCAGAGUUCAGCAACAUCUUCAGGAGAAUUCAAGUUACCACUUGUGUGGAUUGACUUAGAAAUGACAGGUUUGAAUGUUGAAGUGGACCGGAUAUUGGAGAUUGCGUGCAUUAUUACUGAUGGAAGUUUGGCCAAAUUGGUGGAGGGUCCCAAUUUGGUUAUUCAUCAAUCAAAGGAAAGCCUUGAUAAUAUGGGAGAUUGGUGUCAAAAUCAUCAUGCAUCUAGUGGUUUGACAAAGAAAGUGCUUCAAAGUACAGUCAGUGAACAGGAAGCUGAAAAGGAGGUUAUUGAAUUUGUAAAGAAACAUGUUGAUGUUGGCGCACAUACACCUCUUCUAGCGGGAAAUUCAGUUUAUGUUGAUUUUCUAUUUUUGAAGAAAUACAUGCCAGAUUUGGCCAGUCUUUUCCAUCACGUAGUUGUUGACGUAAGCAGUGUCAAGGCUCUAUGCAUCCGUUGGUUCCCUAAAGAAAGCAGAAAAGCUCCUUCGAAGGAAAACAAGCAUAGAGCCAUGGAUGACAUCAAAGAGAGCAUCAGGGAGCUAAAAUACUUCAAGGACAGCAUUUUCAAACCAUCCAAGUACAAGAAGUGAGAAGAACAACGCAUUGUAAAGAAUGAAGGAGAACAAGGCAUCGUACAACAUUGCUUUGAUGGUGGAGAGUUAAAUUUUCCAAAUAUUGCCAAAGUUGGGUGUGUCCAUCCUCUAUAUCUGGUACAUGCAUUAACAAUCAAUUUCUUGUUUUCCUUAUCUUUCUAACAAUGAUGAGUGCUCUCUCGUCUGGUUGGGAAAUAGUAUAGUUGAGUUGAUUGAUCCUGUAACUGCAAAUAUUUUGAGGUUAUAUAUCUUUUUUUAAUGGAAUAUAAAACCAUUGAAAAG